AUUGGUUCAAUCUCUCUAUUAGCCAAUUAACACAUCACAUUCCAUAUGGAAAACCAAAACCCUCCUUUAGUUCAAACCUUAGAUCCCGAAGCACCUGAAAUAACUCCAACAGCUCCAACUAACCCUUCAGUCAUAACACGUUUUACAACCAAAGAUGCAGUGCAAAAACUGAAAGCCAACUUGGUUUUCCAUUCAAAAUGGGCUGAAUUAAAUGGUGCCAUGGGUGACCUUGGCACCUACAUACCCAUAGUGUUGGCUCUAACUCUAGCUAAGGACCUCAACCUUGGUACCACAUUGAUUUUCAACGGUGUCUACAACAUAAUAACUGGUAUCAUCUAUGGGGUACCUAUGCCUGUCCAGCCCAUGAAGUCAAUCGCCGCCUCGGCCUUAUCAGACAAAGAAUUUGGCUUACCGGAAAUCAUGGCUGCUGGAAUCUUGACCGGCGGCGUGUUGUUCAUUCUUGGCAUCACAGGAUUGAUGAAGCUGGGUUACAAGUUUAUUCCUCUACCUGUUGUAAGGGGCAUUCAACUAGCACAAGGUUUGUCAUUUGCUUUAACUGCUGUUAAAUAUGUGAAGAAAGUGCAAGAUCUUCCCAAGUCUAAAGCUUUGGGUGAAAGGCCUUGGUUAGGGUUAGAUGGGUUGGUUCUAGCUAUUGUUUGUACUUGUUUUAUAUUGAUUGUUAAUGGAGCUGGUGAACAAAAUCGUGGAUGUGGCGUUGCUCCAGAAAGUGGUGAUAAUUUAGAUGGAAAAAAUAGUGAUGAAGGUGGAAGAAACAAUAGAAAUAUCAAUAGAUUGAGAAAGAUUAUUUUUUCACUUCCUUCUGCAUUUGUAGUCUUUGUGUUGGGGAUUGUUUUGGUUUUUAUAAGAAAACAUGAAGUUGUCAAUGAAAUUAAAUUUGGACCAACUUCAAUAGAAUUGGUGAAAUUCACUAAACAUGCAUGGAAGAAAGGUUUUGUCAAAGGUGCAAUUCCUCAACUUCCAUUGUCAAUUUUGAACUCUGUCAUAGCUGUUUGUAAGUUAUCAACAGAUCUUUUUCCAGAAAAGGAAUUUUCAGUUACUUCAAUUUCAGUGACAGUUGGACUAAUGAAUUUGAUCGGUUGUUGGUUUGGUUGUGUGCCAACUUGUCAUGGUGCCGGUGGACUCGCAGGACAAUAUAAAUUUGGUGGAAGAAGUGGAGGGUGUGUGGCACUUCUUGGUGCAGGAAAAUUGGUAUUAGGAUUGUUGUUGGGAACUUCCUUGGCAAACAUUUUAAAGAUGUUUCCGGUCGGGAUCUUAGGAGUGUUGCUUUUGUUUGCUGGAAUUGAACUUGCUAUGUGUGCUAGAGACAUGAAUAGCAAAGAAGAUUUCUUUGUGGCUCUUAUUUCCACUGCUGUUUCAAUGGUUGGAUCAAAUGCAUCAUUUGGAUUUUUAGUUGGAAUGAUUGUUUAUAUAAUAUUUAAGCUAAGGAGUUCCACAAAGGAUGAACCAUUUUCUACCAUUUGGAAUCAGAAAAGCCUCAUCUAAAUUUGAAGAGAAAUCAAUUAGUAUGUUUUUAGUGCAAAUGAGUUAGUGUGAAGGGAUUUCAAAAAUAUGGCAAUUUUUGGAGAGGUUUGAGUUUUUCUUUCUUUAAUUUGUUUUUUAUUUGUUGGUUUUUCAAGUAAAAUGAGGUCUUGAAUGUGUUCUAGUUCCAAGACUCUUUAUAUUGUAAUUGUAAAAAGUGAAGAGAAUAUAUUUAGUUGUUGUUGGCUUU